ACCAUGGAGAGCGGCGUGGUGCACAUCUUCAAAGACGACAGGUGUCCCUCGGGACAGCUGGAGGACUGUUUCCAAAACUUCACCUUGCAACCGGGCUCAUCGGACAUAUUCAACAACACAGCCAACGGCACCUGGGACGCGGACGCCGAGCCCAUGUCGCCCAUCAUCCCCAUCAUCGUCGCCGUGUACUCCGUGGUGUUUGUGGUGGGCUUAGCGGGGAACUGUUUGGUGAUGUUUGUCAUCAUUCGUUACACCAAAAUGAAAACAGCCACCAACAUCUACAUCUUCAACCUGGCCGUGGCCGACGCUCUGGUCACCACCACCAUGCCCUUCCAGAGCACCGACUACCUGCUCAGCUCCUGGCCGUUUGGCGAGGUGGCGUGCAAAGUCUUCAUCUCCAUCGAUUACUACAACAUGUUCACCAGCAUCUUGACCUUGACCAUGAUGAGCGUGGACCGCUACGUGGCCGUGUGCCACCCCAUCAAGGCGCUGGAUUUCCGCACGCCCGUCAAGGCCAAGAUCAUCAACGUGAUCAUCUGGGUGCUGUCGUCGGCCGCCGGCAUCCCCGCCAUGAUACUCGGCAGCACGAAGACCAAUAACGGGACCACAGAGUGUGCCCUCCAGUUCCCCGAGCCCUACAGCUACUGGGACAACCUGAUGAAGAUCUGCGUCUUCAUCUUUGGCUUCGUGUUACCCGUCAUCAUCAUCACCGUCUGCUACACGCUCAUGGUCAUGCGGCUGAAGAGCGUGCGCCUGCUGUCGGGCUCGCGCGAGAAGGACCGCAACCUGCGGCGCAUCACCCGCUUGGUCAUGGUGGUGGUCGCCGUCUUCGUGGUGUGCUGGACGCCCAUCCACAUCUUCAUCUUAGUCAAGGCGCUGUGUGGCAACGUGCCAGAGACCACCGCUGUCACGGCCGCCUACUUCUUCUGCGUGGCGCUGGGCUACACCAACAGCAGCCUCAACCCCAUCCUCUACGCCUUCCUGGAUGAGAACUUCAAGAGGUGCUUCAGGGACUUUUGUUGCCCUGGCGCCCGUGGACACGGAGACUCUCGCGGGUCGAGCCGUGUGAGGAGCACCCUGCGGGACCACUCGUGUCCCACAGAAGCCCGAGGAGACAUGAGGCGGGCCCGGCCCGUAUGA